GCCAUCCAUUUCACAGUUUGCGCUGAGCUUUAUUAAGAAAAGGAGCCCCUGAAUCCAUUGCUACCUAUACUUUCCAUAUCUCUUCCUCAUAACAAGAGAAAUCGUCCCUCCCAAACGCCGACCGAACAGCAUCAGCGUAGCGAUCCCAGAAAAAUGCUCUCCACAAAACGUACACGCACACCCCCCGGCAACCCAGAUAGUUUCUCUUCUAAGUAUGGAGCCGGAAAAAUCGUAUCUCGGAGCAGAAAGCAACAGCUGUUAAGGGACAGCCCGUCAGUAUCGCGACGUCUAGACAGGCGUCAGGGCUCAUCCAGCCCUCCACAUGGACGAUCACUCUCGCCAGCCGUUAUUACCCUCUGCGUAGGCCCUCAAAAACGCCUAUUCGCAGCCCACAAAGACAUCCUCUGCGUAUCCCCGUUCUUCGCCGCAGCGUAUACCCAAGCCCAGCCGUCAGACUCUCCCAACAGACGGGUGAACCUCCCCGACGAGCAACCGGAAGUCUUUUCGUGUAUUCUCGAGUACCUCUACAAGGGCGACUAUUACCCCCAGCUGGUGCACAACAAGCAAUUGAAUUCCUGGGAGUUGGAAGACACGGGGACCGAUAAGGAUGGUCAGAGUAAUGGGGCGACUUUGUUUCAUCAUGCGGCUGGAGCGGAGAUACUAAGAGAUACGGCUGUUUACUGCGCAGCCGAUAAAUACGGACUAGAUCUUCUCAAACGCCUAGCCCUCCGAAAACAAGGCCUGCAUUCCGGCAUUCAAUGUAGUACCAUCCUCACCAGCGCACGAUAUGCCUACAGCAACACCCCCGAGAAUGAGUCCAAGCUGCGGGCGCAUUAUCUCGCUUUGAUUAUUCGGAGCCGGUCAACGUUCAAGCGAAGCGGUACGAUGCAAAUGGAGAUGGAGCAGGGAGGAAAAUUGUUUUUUGAUCUUUUCGUUGCAAUGUGUAAUCAUAUGGAUGAUCUUACAUCUAAGGCUGAGCCUUCUCCGGGUUGUUGAUAUCCACUGGUUUGGAGUCUUCGUGUGCCUUGUGUAUCCGAUAUUUUUAAUGUAUGAUUGGGAUGUUAUGCGGGCGGUACUUUUAUUCACUGGUUGAUUUUAUUUUAUUUUUCAGCCUGCGUUUUGUAUUUUGUGGCUCUGUUUGUUAAGAGUCGACGCAGGCUGUCUUGGCUUGAUGCCAUUUUUGAUCUUCGCUAAACAGCGUUAUUCACUUCAUACAGAAUGAGGUGCUUU